AUGGCCACUCGUCCGGGAGGAUGGCUGCAGGGAAGGACAAUUCGCAAGGCUUCGGGGAUGCCCUCGGCGUCUACCACAAGGUCCUCGACACCCCAGACCGUCACCGCAACUCCCAAUACCAUCUAUGGUGGCGGAGUCAAGGACCCCUCUGGUAGGACCGUCGAGUACUGGGAUAUGGCAGACCAAUGUCCAGUCUCACCGUGCCCUAUCUGCAAUAAAAUAUUACGGAAGUUGGCUUUCAUGCCGCAGACCUUUGAAGACUUGACUGUCGAGAAAGAGGUUGCCGUUCGACGGCGCAUAGCCAAAGACUUUAACAAGAGAAGGGAGGAUUUCCCGGACCUUCGCUCAUAUAAUGACUAUCUGGAAGAAGUGGAAGAGAUCACCUUCAACCUUAUCAAUGAAGUCGACAUUCCUGAAACCGAAGCUCGCAUAGCCAAAUACAAGGCCGAGAAUGCAGCAAUCAUCGAACUCAACCUGCAACGCGAGGAAGCUUAUGCACGGGCGCUUCGCGAGCAAGAGGAAUAUGAACGGAGAGAGAAAGAGCAACGAGCACUCGAACUACGUCGCGCGGAAGAAGAGGAGCGGGAAGAAAAAGAGAAAGAUAAACGGAGUAUCAUUGACAAGCUGGAGACAAGCGACAAGGAUGCGAGCGAGCUGGUUGCAAAAGCCCGUGCAUCUGCUCAGAAGCGAACGAACGCUAAAGCAGCGACAACCGGCUUCCGAAGCACUGCAGACUUGCUGAGAACUCGAGCAGCUCAGAGUACUGAGGUUCCUGACGUCCCGCACGUGCCAAUACAGGACGACUACACCGCAUACGAGGACAUGUUUGUCCUCAAGCCCGUCUACAAUGACUUCCUCGGCGAUGCCGUCAGAAGAGACAGAGAAGGCAUUAUGAGGGCAGGAGGCUAUAUGCUUGAAGAGGCUUGGGAACGAGCAAUACGAAGCGCGGUUGCCGGUCUGGAGGUGCCUCCAUUGGUGGGUCUGGACGUCCCUGCCCCUCCAGCGUCUAAACUCGACUCCUCCGGCGAUGUCAUCAUGACUUGA